AUGGGUCAUGAGUUGCCGGCAGACCUCAUCUACGACAUCCUGUCAAGAAUGCCGGUCAAAUCUUUGGAUCGUUUCCGGUGUGUAUGCAAACAGUGGUGUAAGUAUAUCGAUGAACCUAACCUUGCCAUCAUCCAGAUGAAUCGAGUAGCAGAAGAACCCAUUCCGAUCAUGUUGAGAGUGUACCCUGAUCCUGGUUGCGACCUUCUAACUCUUUUUCGUAUCACUAAAUCCAAAAAAGAUGUGGCGAAAAAGGACUCGGUUUUGGAGUUUGAAUGUAAGGCGCCGUUCUAUGAGUAUAACAGACACAGCAUUAGAGGUUCUUGCAAUGGGCUACUCUAUUUAUCAGAGUACAGCGACACCGACUUUCCUUCAACCACUCUGUCUGUGAUCCAUCCUCUAAGGAAUCAACGUUAUGAGUUGCCACCUAUCAAGAUAAUGCAAUCGUCUGGCCUUGGUUUCGAUGCUUCUACCAACACCUUCAAGAUGUUGGCCUCAGCCUUGGUGAAGAUUGGGAAGAGAAUGUAUACAGAGCAUACCAUGGUGCAUGUCUUGGGCACCGACUCAUGGCGAGAGAUAACCCAAAUCCCACGUUAUCUCAUGAAGGGUAAGGGUAUAUUCGCACAUGCAUGUUUGCAUUGGUUAGGGUUUCAUAAACAAAUGAGGCAUACUGUAAGUUUUGGGUUUUUUGAGCCAUUACCACCCAAUCACAGAAAGAAAGUGGUACGUUUUGAUAUAAGGAAGGAGGAAUUCGGGCUGAUUGAUCCUCCUAGAAAAACAGGAGACGAUUGGGUUGAAACUAUGUUGGUUGAUUUGCAUGGUGAAGUUGGAUUAGUGUAUAAUAGUACCCACUCCUUUAGCAUGGAGUUGUGGGUAUUGAAGCAGAAUGAUCAAUGGAUGAUCCAAUGUCAGUUUGAUUCCAAACCACCUCUUACUUAUGAAUAUAUAGAGAUUGUAGGUUUUUGGAACAUUUCUGGAGACAUUUUAGUAACAACCGAGGGUGGGAAACGGUUGUUUGUUUACAAAGUCAAAAACGGGGGUUUCCAUGAAGUCAAUCUUGUUGGUUGGGAAGAUGGAUGGUCAUAUGUUCAUAUGUAUCGGGGUAGCCUUUUUUCAGUUCCUGGCAUGAAGAAAUGGGUGUCUUCUAGUUCUAAAAAAAGAAAAAGAAAAAGAAAAGAAAGAAGAAGAACCAGAAUUCCAUCAAAACUGAUUUACCGUUUUUUGGAUUUUUGUUAG